AUGUCUGAACAAUCAGAAGAAGAAUCGUAAGAGUUACAAUAGAAGGAGGAGGAACAACAACAAAAGAGUGAAGUUUUACAAUAAGGGAAUAAGACAGAGGAAUAAUUAUAGCAAAUCCCAUAUGUGCAUAUGCUAAAUAAUAAAUACAAUGUGAGGGAGGCUGUACAUGCAGGAUCCUGGUAUUCAAGCAAGAGCAAUGAAUUAAAGAUACAGAUUAAUUGUUGGUUAGAGUAGGCAAAGGCAGAAGUGACCACAGUAGCCUAAUUGAAAGCCUUGGUUGUUCCCCAUGCAGGUUAUGCCUACUCUGGUCCAACUGCAGCAUUCAGUUACAAAUACUUGAAGAAGUACCCUCCUUCUGAAAAAUUGAAGGUGUUCAUCCUUGGUCCCUGUCAUUAUGUUUACAUAACUUAAUGUUGUUUAACUAGAUAAGAAAUAUACGAAACUCCUCUCGGGAACAUCAAAGUAGAUCUGGAAACUGUAAAACAAUUGCAUGAACAAGGAUUAUUCGAAUAAUCAGACAAGGAUGCAGAGGAGGAAGAACACUCAAUUGAAAUGCAAUUGCCAUUCUUAGCUCAUAUUUUGGGUACUGAUAACUUUACGAUCAUCCCAAUAAUGGUUGGAUCUAUUGAUGCUAAAUCUGAAGAGUAUUAUGGAAGAUUGCUAAGUGAAUAUUUCGAUAUGGAUGAUACUCUAUUUAUUAUAUCAACUGACUUCUGUCAUUGGGGAACUAAGUUCGCUUACACUUAUUACAACAGUGCAGAUGGAGAGAUAUUUGAAUCCAUUGAAAAAUUAGAUUAGAAGGCAAUGGAACACAUAGAGUUACAUGAUUUGGAUAAGUUCAAUGAUUAUUUGAGAGAAUAUGAGAACAAUGUUUGUGGGAAACAUUGCAUUGCCAUAUUAUUACAUUGCAUAGCAAUGAGUUAGAACACGCAUAUGAUGGAGACUAAGUUCAUUAGAUAUGCACAAUCUUGUUUGGUGAGAGACAAGAAGGAUUCAUCAGUGAGUUAUGCAGCAGCCAUCACAUUCUUAGAGGAUUGAGUGGAAAUUAAUUUGAUUAAAUAAAAAA